AUGGUAAAAAAAGAGUCGAUAUUAAGCAUUAAUAACCCUAAUUCCACCGGCGAAAUUCACGGCAUCGGAUGCCCUCAUCGUCCCUGCGGAUUUGGGGCUUUAGAUCCUACCCUCAAUCCCAAAGCACACCCGCCCGAUCGGAGCUCGGAGGAGUUCCCAGUGCUCAAAAAUGCGGCCCCUUUGUUAGUCAACGUAAGAUACUCGAAGAGGCGCCGCUCGCUAUCCCCAGAGGACCUGCCACAGUCGACAACCCACCAAGCUCAACAGCUAGAUUCAGGUGCUACCGAUGGGAAAGAACAACCACAGCCGAAGUCCUGGCGAGAUCUAAUGAAGGAGGACCGGCCCCAUGUCGUGUUAUCGGAAGCUGCUGAUAAGGGGGACGGGCAAGAUGAUGAUGAUGUAAUAGUUGAAUAUGGUCCAGACGGGCCGAAUUUGAAGUUCAAGGACUCUUUCUACGAAGCCUGUGUAAAUUCUUGGAGGAAUGUCGUUAUUAUCAAGCAACUGGGAGCACAGGAGGAGGUUACGGGUAUGGAAGACAUCCAAAUGAGAAAGGAGGAGCGAGGAGAAGGCGAUAUUAUCUUCAAGGCUGAUAAGGGAAAAGGAACAACUGGGUCGAAAUUAAAGGGGUGGACUAUGAAAACUAAGGGAGGCACUAAAGGAGAUAGCAAGGGGGUUGAGGGUGCACAAAUUCAGUCUGACAGCUUGGCGGCCAAUGACGACUCAUUGAAUUUUCUUGGUUCCCAGGGACAAACAGUGGUUAGGGCAGAAACGGCUUUAGACCCAUCAAAUCAUAGAGCCGUUCAUGUGCUAGACAACCCCACCUUCAAUAACAAUAAUGCAUCGGGCCCGGAAGGAUUUGAGGACCAGGUAAACAUUGAUAUGGUGCUGAAUAAUUCGCCGACGGAUGCUCAGGAAGUCAUCUCGACGUCGAGUCUGAAGGAUCAGGCUAAUGAGAUCUCGCCAUGUAUUAUGGAGGCAAAACUAGAUGACAGU